AUACUCACUACUCGAGCGCACGGGCCCCGGCAUUCAACACUCCAAUAAGCUUUCGGAAAACGACUCUCUUAACCCGUGAUAAAGGCAUACGCCAAUAAAGCUCGCGUAUGCACACUUACGAGCGAACCUAUAGUGUUACAAAUGUGCCGUUGCGUGGAAGACUGGGGCCUGCGUUGUCAUCCUACUAGAUGGAAGUUCAGUGCAUCAAGGUCCCUGGCCCUCUCACAUCAUUUACUGACCACGAGCAUUACGUUUCUCUGCGCAGAUCAUCCCGCCGUCGGGAUUGAGCCUCUUUCGUGUGACCACACGCCACGAGGUGUAUUGCAUAUGCAGUAUGCAUCCGUCCCGACUACGUGGGAAGGGAAUCGAUUAGCAACUCAGUGUACCACGGGAGCCCCUGAGCGAAUCUAUCUUUGGGGGCCGCAGGACCCGUGACAGCGAGGAGCGCAACGCAGGGGAAGAUGCCUGGCAAGGCAAAGGAGUCCCCUAAGACAGAUGGCAUUAUCGUGCGGAAGCGAGUC